AGUAGUUACGGAGAUCGGCCGAGACGCUGUCGGCUGGUGUCGAGUUUCCGCGCUCGCCGGUUUUGCCGCCCCCGCCGCCGCCAUGGGGAAGCGACAGCACCAGAAGGACAAGAUGUACAUUACCUGUGCUGAAUACACUCACUUCUAUGGUGGCAAGAAACCAGAUAUCCCACAAACAAAUUUUCGUCGUUUACCUUUUGACCACUGCAGUCUCUCUCUGCAGCCCUUCAUCUACCCAGUGUGCACCCCUGAAGGCGUCGUCUUUGACUUGCUGAACAUCGUUCCUUGGCUUAAGAAGUAUGGGACCAACCCCAGCAACGGAGAGAAACUGGAUGGGAGGUCCCUGAUCAAGCUGAACUUUGCAAAGAACAACGAAGGGAAGUACCACUGCCCGGUGCUGUUCACCGUGUUCACCAACAACACUCACAUCGUGGCUGUCAGGACCACUGGCAACGUCUACGCCUACGAGGCAGUGGAGCAGCUAAAUAUCAAGGCCAAGAACUUCCGCGAUCUGCUGACCGACGAGCCCUUCUCCCGGCAGGACAUCAUCACCCUCCAGGACCCCACCAAUUUGGACAAAUUCAACGUCUCCAACUUCUUUCAUGUUAAGAAUAACAUGAAAAUAACAGACCCGGACGAAGAAAAGGCCAAACAGGACCCGUCUUAUUAUUUGAAGAACACAAAUACUGAGACCCGAGAGACACUGCAGGAGCUCUACAAGGAGUUCAAAGGGGACGAGGUCCUGGCGGCGACCAUGAGAGGCCCGGAGAAGAAGAAGGUGGACAAGCUGAACGCUGCCCACUAUUCCACUGGGAAGGUGAGCGCCUCCUUCACCUCCACCGCCAUGGUUCCGGAGACAACGCAUGAAGCAGCUGCCAUUGACGAGGACGUGCUGCGCUACCAGUUUGUGAAGAAGAAGGGCUAUGUGCGGCUGCACACCAACAAGGGCGACCUCAACCUGGAGCUGCACUGCGACAUGACACCAAAGACCUGUGAGAACUUCAUCAGGCUCUGCAAGCGGCAGUAUUACGACGGCACCAUCUUCCACAGGUGCAUCCGGAACUUCGUGAUCCAGGGUGGUGACCCCACUGGCACAGGCACGGGUGGGGAGUCGUACUGGGGGAAGCCCUUCAAAGAUGAGUUCCGGCCCAACCUCUCGCACACAGGCCGGGGCAUCCUCAGCAUGGCCAACUCAGGGCCUGACACCAACAAGUCUCAGUUCUUUAUCACCUUCCGCUCCUGCGCCUACCUUGACAAGAAGCACACCAUCUUCGGGCGGGUUGUUGGGGGCUUUGACACACUGACAGCCAUGGAGAAUGUGGAGAGUGACCCUAAAACUGACCGCCCUAAGGAGGAGAUCCGCAUUGACUCCACCACGGUGUUCGUGGACCCCUACGAGGAGGCUGAUGCUCAGAUUGCCGAGGAGCGCAAGAAGACGCAGCUUGAGGUGGCGGCCCCAGAGAGCACGGUGAAGACAAGGCAGCUGAAGCCAGGGAGCCAGGGCCCCCAGACGUACCGCCAGGGGGUGGGCAAGUACAUCAACCCGGCAACCACGAAACGUAUAGCAGAGGAGGAACCGUCAACCAGUGCAGCUGUCCCUGUGGCCAAGAAAAAGCCCAGCCGAGGUUUUGGGGACUUCAGCUCAUGGUAGCAGCAGGCCUGCUGCUCUGGACCCUGGUAGGGACGCAGGGCUGGCGGCCUGUGUCCAUGUCACGCAAUUUUCUGCCCUUGUAAGCCUGCCUUUCGGGCUGCAACUCAAUAAAGCUCUUGCCUUGCCUGGGUCCCCUUUCCU